AUGACUGCCAGCAGAGUUCUCGUCUACCUGCUACGCCGCGACCUGAGACUUGCUGAUAAUCCCGUUUUCCAUCGUCUCACCUCGACUUCGGAUCAUGGAUUCACUCACUUGCUUCCCGUUGUCGUAUUACCUCCCGACCAGAUCGAAACGUCCGGCUUCCUCAAGUCUGACCAAACUUCUCCUUUCCCGCUAGCUAAGAGCAGAGUGGGCAAGUUCUGGCGCUGCGGCCCUCAUCGCGCAAAGUUCUUUGCGGAGGCUGUUUGGGAUCUGAAGAAUACCCUUUCUUCCCACCAGAGUGGUCUCAUCAUCCGCGUUGGACCCCCCGCCGACGUUGUUCGCGCCAUUAUCCAGCAUCUGCAGUGCUCGGGUGAGGCCGCUGUUGCCGCUGUCUGGAUGACUGACGAUGUGCCUUGGGAAGAGAAACGACAACAGGACGACAUAUCCGCCGUAUGCAAUAGUGCCAAUGUCGACUUUACCCUCAUUCCCGAUGAGAAAUACUACAUUGACGAUCGCGAUGUCGAUAUUGCUACCCAAGAGCUUCCUGAUGUCUUCACGACCUACCGCAAAUCACAAGAGCCACUGCGCGAAAAGCCUCGAGCAGUAUACCCCAACAUGAAGUCUUCUCUUCCUCCGUUGCCGCCAGACACUCUGAUACCGCCACAGGCUGUGCCUUUUCAGAUACCGGAUGACCUUGAUACCUUCCAGAAAUACCUCUCAAAGCCCCUUGUUUUCGACUUGCCGAAUCCUCCCGUCAACCCCGAAGACGCCAAAUCCGCCCAUCCCUUCCUCGGCGGCGAGCAGAGCGCAAUUGAUCGAUUGCAGCACCUUGUUAAAUCUGGAGCCGCUUCGUCUUAUUCCGACACACGCAACGGGCUUCUCGGCGUCGACUUCAGCACCAAGCUAUCAGCGUUUCUCUGUCUGGGCUGUUUGACUGCUCGCCAGAUACACAGCGAACUGGUCAAGCUUGAAGAUGGCACGGACGAAAAGUACCAAGACGCUCCUGGAUACGGGCAGGGCGAAAAUAACGGCACCAAGUCCAUUCGCUUGGAACUGCUUUGGCGCGAUUAUAUGCGACUUUGUACCAAGAAAUUCGGCACAAAGCUGUUCGCUGCCUCUGGCUUCCGAGAAGUUGAUGGGUAUAACAAGAAGUGGAAAACAGCCAACAGCGCCACGGCCAGCUCCGAUCAGCAUCCCUCCCCGCAGAAAAUCGGCGAAAUUAUACAGCGAUUCUUGCAAGGCAAUACUGGAAUGGGCCUGAUCGACGCAUCUCAGCGGGAGUUGUUCGCCACCGGCUACACAUCGAACCGAGCUCGACAGAACGUCGCCAGUUUCUUUGCCAAACACCUUGAUAUCGAUUGGCGCUACGGAGCAGAGUGGUACGAAUGCAUGUUGGUCGAUUACGAUGUCUCUUCCAACUGGGCUAAUUGGCAAUACGUCGCUGGUGUGGGUAACGACCCCCGUGGCGACGCGCGCAUUUUUAACCCGGUCAAGCAAGCCUUUGAUUAUGACAAGCAAGGAGACUACGUGCGCGCUUGGGUGUCUGAGGUACGCGGCUUUGAUAAUGCUGAAAACGUGUUUCAAGCCUGGACAGCGACGCCAGAGCAACUCGAAGAGCUCAAUCUCACAAACAACGUCAUGGUCACGGAUCCACUGAAGAAGAUUGACUUCACCGUUGACCGCAAGCCCAAGUCACAGCGACGCCCAUUUGCUCGAGGAAGAGGAUCAUCCAACGGACGAGGUGGAAGGCGAGGGGGUGGCUCAAAUAGUUUUGGUCGCGGGGGCAUGUCCAUGCACACGCAGGCGCACAUGGUUCCUGUACCCAUGGACGGCAUGGUUCCGGGUGGCCUUCCGUCAAGUCCUUCCAUGUACGGCACAGGUGGUAUGGGAUACGACCAGCAAGGCUAUGCUUGGAGCCCGUCUCCGAUGGGUAUACCGCCGCAUCUUCAUCACGGAGCGCCGUCAUCUCAUCACUGGGGCGGAAAUGCCGGUGCUCCGGUCGUGAGCAGCGGCUGGGUCUCUGGUGGGCCAACCAUGUUUAACGAGUACAACAGCAUGCACGGGAAUCUACCUCAGCCCGCCAUGCACUACCGGGGUCGUGGCAACGGUCGUGGCAACUUCCUGGGCAGGAUGCCCCAAGGCAGAGGAGGGUAUAUGCCCAACUAG